UCUAAGACAACAAAAAGUUGUGUAAAGUGAGGUAAGAGUGAUGACAGUGUUCUACAGAGAGUAAAGGUGGAGAGAGGAGGGACGGUUGGAAAAGAUAAAUCAGCUUUAGGACAGAGUUUAGGUCAGAGAGCCGCUGGAGCUGCAGCUGUCUGAUGAUGGAGCUCCAGGACGGAGCUGAACUCUGCUUUCCACAACUAUUCAACAUGUCCUGCAGGAAGCCGACACUUCGCUGGUCUGAAACUGUGCUCCUGAAACUCUUGCUGUUCUUCAUCUCUCUGACCACCAUAGCCAUCAACUUGCUCGUCAUCAUCUCAGUCUCCCACUUCAGGCAGCUUCACACACCUACUAACAUCCUCAUCCUCUCUCUGGCUGUUUCUGACUUACUUGUAGGUCUUGUGUUGAUGCCAGGAGAAAUCUUUAGAUACACAUCCUGCUGGAUUUUUGGGGAUAUCGUGUGUGCUUUAUAUUGGCAUCUGGCCUGUCAAACUCUCACUACUUCAAUCAGCACAAUUGCUUUCAUAUCAGCUGACCGCUACAUGGCUAUUUGUUACCCUCUGCAUUACUCCAAAAUAAUCACUUCAACAAGAACCAAAUACUGUGUUUGUCUUUGUUGGCUUUGGUCUUUUGUCUUCAGUAUGUUCUAUGUGAAAGAUGAGCUGAAUCAACCAGACACGGCUAAUUCCUGCUUUGGAGAAUGUGUGCCUAAAUACAACUAUAUUACAGUCACUGUUGAUCUAAUUUUGACCUUCAUAUUUCCAGUUACUGUGAUCAUAGUUCUGUAUAUGAGAGUAUUUGUGGUGGCUGUGUCUCAGGCUCGCGCCAUGCGCUCUCACAUUACAGCUGUUACAGUCCACCAUGCAGUGACUUUAUCAAAGAAAUCUGAGUUGAAAGCAGCCAGGACUCUUGGUAUUCUUGUCAUUGUAUAUUUAUCAUGUUUAUGCCCAUAUUACUGUUACUCUCUUGUUGAUGUUAACAUGAUGAAUCAUACAGUUGCAACAUUUUUGUUAUUUCUGUUUUAUUUUAACUCCUGUCUAAACCCACUGAUCUAUGCUCUGUUUUACCCCUGGUUCAGAAAAGCAAUUAAACUCAUUGUCACUCUGCAGAUCCUGCAGCCUGGAUCCCGAGAGACCAACAUACUGUAGUGUAGAGAGACUGGAGUUGUGUUGGUCUCAUCAACAAUUAUGUAACAGAGCAGGGCGGAUCUACAGCGAGCAAAAGGUCAACUGUCAAAAAGC